AUGCACCGGAUCCUUCUGACGUUGCCGGCCCUGGUGGCCAUUGCCAACGCAGUCGACAGCUGCCAACCUCAAGCACCCUCCGUACACACAAUCACCUACACAACUACAACAACUCUAUAUCGCGAAAAGCCUUGCGCCACUCCACCGUCGGCAACGAAACUCCCCUCCAUCACCACGCAGCCGCAGCCGUCCAAGCCGCACAGCAGCUCCGAGCCGGACGUCGAAUGUACUGCCGACCCAAAAGUUGAAUCAGUUUUCGGUUCCGCUCCCGUCAAAUCACACACUCUCUCCCCCGGAUCGAGCGGCAGCUGGAGCAACACAACCACAAACUCGACCGACAUUCCCACCAGAGCACAAACCUCGCUCGCUUCGGCCACGAGCCAGCUGCAGCCGCAGUCUACCGGAAACCUUGGACGGUAUCCCGUUGCAGGAAAUACAACCAAGGGUUUGAAGAACGCGCUUUACUUUACCAAUUGGGGCAUUUAUGCAAGAAAUUAUCUUCCUAGCAUGAUUCCUGUUGACAAAAUCACCCAUCUUCUGUACGCCUUCGCAGGCGUCGACGCCAAUGGGACAGUUAUAUCCAUUGACCCCUGGGCCGAUGAACAGAAGCAACUCAACGACACCUCAUCCAUGCCCGGCUCAAAUGUCUACGGAUGCGUAAAAGAAAUUUACCUCCAUAAGAAAAAGCACCGCAACCUCAAGACCCUGCUGUCUAUUGGUGGAUGGACUGCCUCGGAUAAAGGAGCCUUCAACUUCGCCGCCAGCGAUACCGGCCGCCGGCAAUUCGCCCGGUCAGCCGUCAGCCUCAUGAGCGACUGGGGCAUGGACGGGCUCGACGUUGACUGGGAGUAUCCAAAGAAUGCAGAAGAGGCCCAGCAGUACGUUCAAUUGCUCGAGGCUUGCCGCAAGGAGCUGGAUGACUUCGCAACCAAGCACCGCCAAAAGUAUCAUUACCUCCUGACGGUCGCUUCUUCGGCCGGACCCAACACAUACAACGUGAUGGACCUCAAGGGUAUGGACCGUUUUCUCGACGCCUGGAACCUAAUGGCCUACGACUACGCUGGUGAUUGGUCCGAUAAUACGGGCCAUUUAGCCAAUCUUCAUCCCAACUCAAAUAACCCGAACAGCACAGUAUUCAGUACUGCAAAGGCCGUCGGCGAUUAUCUGGCCGCCGGCAUUUCCCCCCACAAGCUCAUCAUCGGUCUACCACUCUACGGCCGAUCGUUCGAGAUGACCUUGGGUCUGGGCAAGAAAUUUCACGGUGUCGGACCCGGAAAAUUUGAAAAGGGCGUCUGGCCCUACAAUAUGCUGCCCAAAACUGGUGCAACGGUCGAGCUGGACGACGCUGCCGGUGCCGCUUGGAGCUACGACGCAGGCACCAAGGAGCUCAUCUCGCACGAAGACCCGCGGACCGUGCUGAUCAAGUCGGAUUACAUCAAAGACAACGGACUCGGCGGAGCCUUCUGGUGGGAGGCCUCGGGCGAUAAGACGGGCGACGAAAGCCUCGUCGGCGCCAUGGCCAAGUCUUUUGGGACCCUGGAAUUCUCAGAGAACAUGCUUGAUUACCCAUCAAGUCGGUUCGACAACAUCCGAAGAGGAUGA